AUGCAACUGUGGCCGUUGCUCUUUUCUUGGGUGUUCUGUUUGGCUUUUGGUCAGCUCAAUGGAACACCGGAGAGCUCCACCAGUGUUCAGACCUAUUCCCCGACCACCCCCUCCAAGGCCAAAACCACCGGCACCUAGGAUAACACCAUCGCCUCCAGGCCAACACCACCGCGUUAUGUACGACCACCGACAGCACCACCCAGAAGACCAACCAUACCACGUCCCAAGCCCACCAGAAGAGUUCCCAUUACAAGGAAGCCCACAAGAAGAAUCCCCAAGCCACCAGUAACCAGAAGACCCACUGUCAGAACUCGACCACCUCUAGUGCCAACGACUCGAAAGUUUUUGAUUUGGUCAAGGAUUCCCACUAGACUAUUACCUACCAAGCCAAAUAGAAGGCCCACUUUGUGGACUAGGCCACCAGUGCGUCCUCCGUUGCCAACUAUUCGUCCCACGCGGCCAAGAGUUGGUCCUACUCUAUGGACAAGACCACCCGUAAGGGUGACAGUGAGACCCACCAUAAGACCUACUAUGAGACCCACUAUAAGACCGACUAAUAGAGCCACCUUGUGGACAAGGCCUCCAACAGUUCGGCCUACAAAUCGAGUGACUAAUCCUCGUUCUACUUUAUGGACCAGGCCUUGGACUAGAUCCACCAGAGGAUUAACAUUUAUUUUCAAUGAUUCCACACCAACACUUGCAACGCCACGUCCAAUUAUAACCACUAGACCUCCAAAUCCGAACCUAACUAGAUCUACCAGAAGGUUAAUAUUUAUAUUCCCAAGGGACUCCACUCUAGCUACACGUCGUCCACGUUGGACUGUCCAUCCUACAGACCGACCGACAAGAGUUGUUACUUUGAGGAGCUGA